GUCCUCAAUGGUCUCAAUAUCUGUUACUGUGCCAACUCAUUGUGAGGCCACAAGUACCUAACACACAGCUAAGCUUUUGGAACUUAGAGUUAAACAGUUACCUUCCUUCAACUAUAAUAUCUCAACCAAACAACCCCUCUUCUCAUUUCUCUCCCUAUACCCUUUCACUCCAAUCAAGUUUUCAACUUUUCUAAAUAAGUGACAGUGUUGUUACACUUUUUUGUUUACCACUUUUGUGUAGUGUUCCAAGUUUCUCUCUCAGAGGAAAAAUGACAGAAGAACAACAGAAAACUACUGCAGAGUCAGAAACUGCUUCAGUUCCUCCACCUGCUCCAGCUGAGACUCAACCUCCUCCACCUGCACCUGAACCUGUUCCUGAGCCUCCAAAGGAUGUGGCUGAGGAGAAAUCAGUGAUUCCAGUGCCUUCUUUGGAUGAUAAGCCUGAUGAUUCCAAGGCUCUUGUGUUGGUUGAGAAGACAGAAGAAGUUGCUGAAGUGAAACCAUCUGAGGGCUCUGUCAACCGAGAUGCUGUGCUUGCAAGAGUUGCAACAGAGAAGAGGUUGUCCCUAAUCAAAGCAUGGGAAGAAAGUGAAAAAUCAAAAGCUGAAAACAAAGCUCACAAAAAGCUUUCAGCCAUUUCAUCAUGGGAGAACAGUAAGAAAGCUGCUGUGGAGGCUGAAUUGAAAAAGAUUGAAGAACAACUGGAGAAGAAAAAGGCAGAAUAUGCAGAGAAAAUAAAAAACAAAAUAGCAACAAUCCACAGGGAAGCUGAAGAAAAGAGAGCAAUUAUUGACGCAAAAAAAGGAGAAGAUCUUCUCAAGGCUGAGGAAACAGCUGCAAAGUAUAGAGCAACAGGAACUGCUCCAAAGAAACUCCUUGGCUGUUUCUAAUAUGCUUCAAACCUCAAGCUUGGUUGGAAACA